UAUAAUAUUAUAUAACUAUGUUAGUAUAUAUUCUACAUUUUCAAUCUUAAUGUUAAUUGAACUAAACCAUAAGAGGUGGGGUAAAUUGAUUAUAUACAGCGGUAUAGCAAAUGCUUUGUUGAAGAAGAUGUAAGUUAAGCGAAUGAAAAUCACCUAGAGACGCUUAAUAAUUUCUUGGCCUCUGGAUAGCAAUGCUUGGAUACAUAAUGUUUUUCCGUUGGUGUUUUAUUUAUAUCGAAAAACUACCAAGAAAAUCGAAGAAUGAAUACUUUACGAGAUCAAGAAUCCAAUUUCCGAUGAAAUGACUAUAUAUAUGAAACUUUUGGUGCAGUUUUACUACGAGAAGUGUAUACGAAAAAAGAAAGAUCAGUCGGAUCGGAGUGACUCGGAGAGGACUUGCCAUUACGUCGCCGGUCGCCGAGGAGAUGUCCGGGAACGAGACCGCCGGGGAGACGUCGACCGGGAACCACUGCGACGCGGCUCUGGCGUCCGGGAGUGGUGCGACUGCGAGGAGCACGCGCCGCACGGUCGCGCACCAACGGAUCAGCAGUUGGUUCGACUCGGACGAUACGGAUCGGGAACCGUCGCCGUGCUCGUCUGCCUCGUGGUCGCCUCCGCGCGCGCGCCGGUCGCCGUCCGUCUCGAUGUCGUCGUUCGGUUCGCCGUCGCCGCCGCCAUCGCCGAGGCUCGACUCGCCGUCCGUGGAGUUCGAGUGCGCCGUGUGUUCGGAAGCGUUCCAGACGAAGGCCGAGAUGAAAACGCACAUGCAACAGUCGGAGGGUUGCGGCAAACAGGUGCUGAGAGCGUUCCGGUCCAAGCACGACCAGCAGGGGUUCGACGCGGAACAGCGCGGGGACGACGAUCACCACCGCGAGCCGCCGGGGACGGAGCGGCCGAAACGCCAGUUGACGUGCUACGUUUGCGAGCGGCGGUUCGACCGAGCCGACCAGCUGGCCGCUCACCUGCGCCGCAAACACGGUCGCCCGGACGUGGACUGCGAGACGUGCGGCCAACGGUUCAGCCGGCGUACCGACCUGAACCGUCACCGGCGCGCCGUGCACCUCCGCCAGCGGCCGCACCAGUGCUACGACUGCGGGCAGCGGUUCGCGCAGAAGUCCAACAUGCUGGAGCACCGGCGUGCCGUGCACGCGGCCAAUCCGAAGGUGUCGUUCAAGUGUCCGCGGUGCGACAAAUGGUUCUCGCGCAAGCACAACAUGACCGUGCACGUGCGUGCCGUGCACGACCGCCAAAAGCGGUUCAAGUGCCCGUUGUGCCCGCGCUCGUACGACCAGCAGUCCGGCGUGGACAAGCACUACAAGGCCCUGCACGCGCCCGCCACCGAUGGCGUGCCGCUGUUCCUGUGCCCGGUGUGCGGCAAACGGUUCUCCCAGAAGUCCAACCUCACCGUGCACCGGCGGUUGCACGACCCCAUUCAGUUGCUGUUCGCGUGCCCCGUGUGCCACAGGUCGUACACCCGCAAGGCGGCGCUCAACAAACACGCCUGUCGUCCCGUCGAGGCGUGAACACCCGCCACGCCCACCGCCACGUGAGUUAUAUCAUAUAUGACGUACGCGCACGCGCCAAUUGUCCCGUGCGCUUGAAGCAAUCCCGAAGCAUUCACAUUCAUUUAUAUUACAAACGACCCGCGUCCGACAUAAAUAAUUAUUUUUGUUUUUUCGAUUCCGCUUUUGUAAUUUUAAUGUUUAUUUCCCGGUAUACGAAGUGUUUUUUUAUAAUUACGAUCCACUUCUGAAUUUAUGAUUGGUACGUUGCAGGCUGUAUUUUAAAUCAUUUUCUCACAAACAUUUAUUUAUUAAGUUAUUUCACUAGAUGUCUUAUGUUUUUUUUUCCGAU